CCUUAACAUGGGCUGAACCUCGUCUGAUAGAUCCUCCUCUGCGAGUAGAUCUUCAACCCCCAGAAGAUUUUCGGUCUCUAUCGUCUAGAAAUGUUAAGACAGCCUGGAUUAAUAUGCCUAUUGAUCAUUUCGAUCCUCAAAACAAGGAUACUUAUCGAAUGCGAUUUAUGUUUAAUGAAGAAUUUUUUGGUGGAAAGGACUACCCUAUAUUUAUAUUAGUAGGCGGUGAAUGGGACAUAGUACCAGGAUGGUUGCAAGGCGGAAACAUGUACCUUAUGGCUCAAGAGAACAAAGGGUACCAGAUAUACACUGAACAUAGGUUUUACGGAGAGAGUCUGCCCUACAAAAACUUCACUACAGAAAAUCUUCGAUUCUUAAACGUAGAUCAGGCAUUAGCCGAUCUCGCAUACUUCAUAAAAGAAAUCAAGAAAGGGCCAAGAUUUACUAACAGCAAAGUGAUAUUAUACGGCGGUUCGUACGCUGCUAACAUGGUGCUGUGGUUCAAACAAAGGUACCCACACUUGGUUGUUGGUGGAGUUGCGUCGAGUGGUCCUAUUAUGGGGAAAGUGGAUUUUACAGAGUAUUUGGAAGUAGUUCACGAUGCAUUUUUAUCUGAAGGCGGAGAAGAGUGUAUGUCUAUUAUAAAUCAAGGAAUAAGUGAUACCAUCGCCGCCUUAGCUACAGAAUCCGGACGACAGUCCAUACAACGAGCGUACAGACUGUGCUCUCCACUGGUCCAUACGAACGAGUAUGAUCUGGGCUAUUUUUCGGGACUCAUCAGCUGGACUUUCUCCACGUCAGUGCAGCAGGCGCGUCCUAGCACUCUAACCGCUAUCUGCAGGAACUUUGUAUCCAACGGUUACGGUUCAACUCCGAUGGAACAGAUUGGAAAUUACAUAGCUAUAACUCGAAAUCUUGGCGACAAUUGUUGGCAAAUAGACUACGGGUCAUAUGUUGAGAGAUAUCGCAAUGAAAACUCUAAUUCUCGCGCGUGGUAUUACCAAACGUGCACCGAAUACGGUUACUACCAGACAGCUCCGCGCUCCAGGACUGUGUUCGAUCAACUCAGGUGGCUCAGCGUGCAUUUUUAUGUAGAUCUAUGUCAGCAAGUAUUCGACCAAAGAUUUGACGAAGCGUUCGUAUACGGUGCAGUGGAGCGAGUGAAUCUGGUGUUCGGCGGCCUGCAGCCUGACGUCAACAACACAAUCAACAUUCACGGCAGUGUGGACCCGUGGCACGCGCUCGGCGUGCACGACCGCGACCUUAAGGACGGGUCGCCCACCAUCACCGUGCCCCGAGCAUCUCAUUGUUUUGACAUGGGUAAUUGGCGGACCACAGACACGAUAAGAAUGACCAACGCACAACAAGCAGCAAGAAGACUUGUGGCUCAGUGGCUUUCGGAAACUGUUUAGAAUUAGAGAUAUUUUAAUAAUACUCAUGUUUUUGUUUGAAAUGUUAUAUUUAUUUUAUUAAUGGUUUCUCUUAUACUGUAAGGGUUUUAUAAAUAAAAAAUCACUUCAAAUUCCCGAUAGUGUGCCGGGAAAACACAGUUUAAUAUUAGUUUAAAACUCCACAUUCAGACAAAUUGAAAAUACACAGAAUUUAGGAAUUACAAACUUCAACAGGUCGAAAAAUAUAAUCGAAAUGAACUCUACCCGCCCUACAGAGCGUCUAGGAUAAUUUUUUAGAUAAUUUCAUUUAAUGUAGAGAUAUUACGACUACGCUUAUCACUGGCGGAAUCAUAAUGGAUAUUGUAUUAAAUGCACAGUGUACUACUGCCCCGGACGAGUCGGUGUGUUUUCAAAAUGGCUCUUUUCCACGUCGAAUCCUUUUCAGAAACACAACACAAAUUGUACUGCGCAGAAGGCGACGCGGGCAUUUUUUUAUUAGGUGCACUUACAACAAAGUAUUCGACACUUAGUAUCUUAUGUAGUAAUUAGUAUGCUUAAGACUGAAAAUAUUGCCUUACUCCACAGUACUAUAUUUGCAGUAAAGCGAGAAAAAGCGAGACGAUAUCGCAUCGUCCCUCUAACUCGCUCUACUGUGACGCAACCGAGGAAGUAGUCUACUCUACAGGAACAUCAUAGCACUAACAUUAUCACAAGCUCACUCACAAUGAAAAUCAUUCGAGAUAUAUAUUGGCAGUCCAUUGUUUAAAUUGCGAAACUUUGUCAAUGUAAAAUGUGACAAAAUAAAAAAAAACGGGAUAUAAUUUAAAAAAACAAUACAGAUAUGUUAAAUGGCAGGCAAA